AUGGUACCUCAAGAUCUUGCUCAAAAAUUGAAAGCAUCACUUUCUAUGAAGAACGUCAAAUUUUUAGAUUCUAAUGAUGUGAUGGGAUAUGGCGGCCCUGGUAGGUUUAACAUUAGCGACUAUUCAUAUCCUGUUGUAACCUCAAGGACUAUGACGUGUGUUGAAACUGACAAUCUUAGCAAGAUUUUCCCUAAAAAGUCUAUUUUUGAUGCAAAUUUUAAGUUAGUACAUGAUUGUGCCCCAAUCUCAGAGUUUUAUUAUAUUUCAAAUACAGAUAAAAAUGAUAUUUUUGUGUUUUUGAAGAUUUUUGAGGAUAAGCCAUGGUGCACAUACCCUAGAAAUUUGUAUUCACUAGGUGAAAAGACUCUGAAAAGCUUUGAUGAUUUCAAAUCACAUUCUCCUUAUGAGAAUUUUGUAGUUUAUAAGGAAAAUUGCGGAAGCAAUAGUCUUAAAGUGAUUUCUUCCUUUGAUCAAAUCAAUCAGGCUGAUUCCCUUAUAAUUGCUCCUGAAGAUUCACAAUUCUUAGAUUUCAUGAGAUGUCUUUAUAAUCAUCAAAUAGUGGGUAUAGUUUUGAAAGAAUUGCUUAUUCCCAUAUUUAUUCAGCGUAGCCUUGAUAAGGAUAGCCUAUUGGCUGAAAUUAGAAAGAAUUUUCACAGUACAGCUAUUGUAAUCAAAACAGAGAAUGAUCAGCGUCUUUUAGAUAAAAAAAAUCGAGUAAGGUGCGAAAUUACAUCUGGAAAUCUUUAUUAUGUUGGCGUUCAGCACGAUUCCUUUGAUAUUAAUCAUAUUGAUCAUGUUCAUACCUUUAUACUUCCGCAACAAGCAUGCGUUAGUGAUCUCAUAAGGAGUUUUAGAAGAUCUACAUUUACUUGUAUGGGUGUCUUACAGGAUGAGUCUGAUUUAAGUGUUAUCGAGACACAUAAGGAAUCUGUAAAUGUUAGAGUUCUUUCUGACGAUUCUGUACUAGACCCAAGUAUGGGAUUUUUGGUUAUCCAGAGAAGUAUUGAGGCGCCUGUUAAGGUUUGCUUUUACAAAGGAAUGUAUGAACUACUAAAUUACCCAUUUUUGAUUGAGAAUCCAAAAAGUAUCAAAGAGUUUAGACAGAAGUAUUUUUUCACUAAUAGAAUUGUAAAAUUUAACGGAUCAUCAUAUGUAGAUUGUUUGCUUGAUGAUGAGAUAAUAUCAAGUUCUAACGAGAUACUGUUGAUAGAAAGAUAA